AAAUUUUUUUGUGUAACUGAUAUAGAAGGCAUUUGAUACCUUCCCAAUGGUUUUUACUUUUUGUUUUUAUUGUGCUUCAUGGUUGAUAGGGGGUAGAUGAGAACCCAGGAAUGAUGGUGUUGACCCUAGUAUCUAAUUUAUUCUCUCACAACAAAAUUAGUUUUAGUUUUAUCAAUUCUUUAUUUAAAUGUGGUGUCUACAGAGCAUCUGUCCCUAGCUAUAAUAUCAAUACUCCUCGAUUAUCUCCUGCAGAAGUAAACCGUAUAUUGACAAAACUUGAGUAUACCCAGGAGUUUGCUCCAGGUGGACCUAUCAAGUCAUUUGAUACAAACCAACUUAGAUCCAAUGAUCCCAUGGAGGAUAUGAGAGCAGAAGCUGUGUCAUUACAUGAUGGGGGAUUUUAUGCAGGGGUUAUUGAUGGGCACGUAAGUCCUGCUUGCGCACAAGUUCUUGCAAAACGGAUGUUUCAUUAUGUCGAUGCUGCCUUGCUCCCUAAAGAUAAAUUAAAAUCUAUAAUUGAGCAUAAGAACUUGAACCUUGUUAAAAGUUUUAAUGAUAACUAUGAAUUUGUGACAGAGUUAAAAGAAAAAUAUGAAAAGAGUUUACUUCAGCAUAUUGAUAUCCUAUCUAAUAAAGAAAUCAUGGCUACAAAAGAUGCUAUAGAAUAUGCUCUUCUGAAGCUAGAUGAUGAUAUUUCUUGUGAAGGUGUUCAUGAAAAUGGAGAAGUUGACAGAAAGGGAAUGACGGUGUGCAUGGCGGGAGCAGUAGCUUGCCUUGCUUACAUCAAGGAAUCCGAACUGUACUUAGCCAGUGUAGGAGACUGUCAGGCUGUUGUCGGAGUUCUGAAUGACAGCAAAACAUGGACUGCUAACCAACUGAAUAUAGCUCAUAAUUCAGACUGUCCAGCAGAGGUUGAGCGAAUAUUGAGUGAGCAUCCGCCUAGUGAAAGCGAUACAGUCAUAUCAUGUGAGAGGCUUCUUGGCCAACUUGCUCCUCUAAGAGCAUUCGGUGAUGUCAGGUAUAAGUGGAGCACACAAAAGCUUAAAAAACUCGCUGUUCCUUUGUUCGGUUCUACAGCCAUCCCUCCAAAUUAUUAUACUCCUCCGUACUUAACUGCCAAACCUGAUAUUACCUACCAUAGGAUAACGCCAAAGGACAAAUUUCUAGUCAUUGCUUCUGAUGGUCUGUGGGAACUUCUUUCACCAUUAGAGGUUGUGCGUAUGGUGGGGGAACACAUGAGAGGUAAGGCUGCCUUGACACCUAUCAGGAUUCCAAAGGACAAGAAGUUGAAGGAGAUUAAUUCUAUACUUUUAGCAAGGCGAGAAGGGCUGAAUAAUGUACCAGAAGACAGGAAUGCAGCAACUCAUCUAAUUAGAAAUGCCCUUGGAGGGACUGAUAUUGGUGUGGAACAUUCUAGAAUUUCUUUUUUCCUCUCCUUUCCUCAGGAUGUAGUUAGAUAUUACAGGGAUGAUAUCUCUGUUACAGUCAUAUACUUUGAUUCUGAAUUCAUAUCACAGAAUCUCUAUAUGUAAAAGUAAUUUAAGAUUAACUGGUGAAGCACAUACACUAAAAUUCAACAGGUCAAAAUAUAUUUAUUGACUUUUUGUUUGAUGUGAUUUUUAUUUAUUUACUGGUCAAAUCUAGUUUGUAAUUUUGUCUUUCAUUGUCUUAAUUGAUCUACCGAAUUUCAACUUGUUAUUUAUUGAUGUAUAUUUUUAAAUUUUAAUGCUAUUUUUUUGGCAUGUGUUCUUUUUUUUUUAUGUUGAGUUACUAAUUGUUUAUCUAAAAUCUUUUGUAGUUUUAAAAGAGAAGGGCUGAAUUCCUUUCUUUAAUUUUAUUGAGCAGUAACUCUAAUCAGUAGUCAAACUUGUUGCCUUUUAAGUAUCCAUAAUUGUUUUUGUUUUUUCAUGAUUAUGUAAACUGAGGCUUUUUUAUAUUGAUAGAGUUAUGAUUAUGUCGUAUCUUCUCAAGAGUGCUUAUGAAUUUUCAUAAGAAAUCAACAAUUAUGGUAUAUCACAAGUUCAGAGUGAUAAUUACUUUUAUCAAAUAAUGGCAAAAAUUGUAUGUGUUCUAAAACAGUUCCAACCAUUUUAUACGUGCUAAAUUAAUAUAGGAUUACUUGAGAAUACUUUUGUGAUUUAAGCAUUAAAGGCUCAGAAAAAUGAUUAAUUUAUCUUCUAAUAAUAAUAUAUGAGUUUUGUAUAUAGGGGAAGCAUGUAUAUUCUCAAACAAAUCUUUUUAUUGAAAAAUUAUAUAAAAUCGAAACAGAUCAAAGUAAGGUAUUGUUAGUUUUAAAUUAAAUAAUUUGCUUAGGAUUAUAUUAGCCCAAAAUUAAUUUGUUAUCAAUAUUUUUGAGUUGUUGUAAAAU